GAAGCAGAGAGAAGAACGCUGGGAGGGAGGUGUGAUUUAUUGCUCUGAUGUUAUAAUUUCCUAGUUUAUCAGCUAUGUCAUAACCCCACUACUCAGGAGUACUUCAGAGGGCAGCAGAAGAGGGGAAUGUGAAGAGCAGAAAUGGAGAAAGAUGAAGAGGGGAAGGAAUCGCAGGGAAGAAAGGAGAAUUCGUAAACCUCUGAAGUUCCAAGUCAACUGAUGUGCAUUAAGAAACAUUAGCUAAGCAUUUACAGCAGGAACAGAAACGUUCCUGUGACUGUAGUACGAAAAAACCUCUCCUCAACCAUAGACCUGUCAGUGGUCCAAAUCCUCAACCUUGUUCUACAUGUACUUUUGCUGAGGAAGUUCACCAGGAAUUUGCUGUGUUUAACUCUGAUUUGAUUACUGCAGUACAGCAGCAUAUCUUGGAUUGAAAGCAGCAAGAGGAAAUCUGCAAGUUCUUCAAGACUACUGGAAUCUCAUCUGUCUGUUUCAGGUUUGUAGAAGAAGGGAAAAUGGCUCAAGAAACUAACCGUAGCCAAGUGCCUAUGCUUUGUUCCACUGGUUGCGGAUUUUAUGGGAAUCCUCGUACAAAUGGCAUGUGUUCAGUGUGCUACAAAGAACACCUUCAAAGGCAGAACAGUAAUGGUAGAAUUAGCCCUCCUGCAUCCUCUGUCAGUAGUAUAACUGAGUCCCUACCAGUUCAGUGCACAGAAGGCAGCGCCCAGGAAACUCAGUCAGCUUUAGAACCUACAUCGACUCCAUCGACAUCCAUGCAGCCAAGCCCUGUGUCAAGUCAGUCACUCUUAACAGAAUCUGUAGCAUCAUCUCAACCAGAUAGUACAGCUGCGGACAAAACAGUACCUGAGACAGAAGAUUUGCAAGCUUCAGUGUCAGGGAAUGCAGAGCCUACACCUGAAGAACAAGACAAGUCGCUUGACAAACCAAAACAGAAAAAGAAUCGUUGCUUCAUGUGUAGGAAGAAGGUUGGACUCACUGGGUUCGAGUGUCGGUGUGGGAACGUUUACUGUGGUAUGCACCGUUAUUCAGACGUACACAGUUGCUCUUACAAUUACAAAGCCGAUGCUGCUGAGAAGAUCAGAAAAGAGAAUCCUGUAGUUGUUGGGGAAAAGAUUCAGAAGAUCUGAACUGCUGCUUGUGCUGGAAUAAAGAAAUCCUCUGACCAUCUGCAGAUUAAAUUGACUUGAGCUUUUUUCCUUAGUCAUCAGGAGCGUAGAGCAGUGUAUCUUGCCUAGACCUUUUAAUCAUGCAUGUCAUCAGAUGAAUAGAUUUUUUGGGUUUGUUUUUUUUUUUCCUCUUCCUGUUUUGAAAAUGACUCUGAACAUUUAUUUUCAUUGCAGUUUUCUGUGGCUGAAGACUUAAGUAAACUUUACAAGUAUUAUCCUUUAUGAUCAUUUUAAUUUUAGUUGAGUGCAGAGGGCUUUUAUAACAAACACGGAGAGAACAUUUGGAGGGCUGUGCUUUUCCAGGGUAAAACAUGCAUGCGUUAACUUUGCAGUUUAUUUUCUUGUUGUAUAUAGCUUUUCUCUGCAGCACAAUUUCCUUUUUUUUGAUAAUGCCUUGUAUGGCACAACUAGUUAUCAGUAACUGAAUGUAUUUUAAUCAUUAUGGCUGCUUCUGGUUUUUUUUUUCCCCAUUAACGAGAGGUUAUACAUGUUCGCAUAUUAGCUUGUUUGCACCCUCUACCUAUUUAUGUAUGAAUCAUUUGUAAUGAGAGUGUGUGCUGAGAUUGUGUGGGGGGUUGGUUUUUCUUUUGGUUUUUUUUUGUUGUUUUUUGUUUGUUUUUUUUAAAUAGGGUUUUGUUUGUGUGUGUGUGAGGGGAAGGCUGUAUGCACUUCACCGACUGCAGGUUUCAUUGGGAUUACAUCCAUCAGUCUGUCUGUACACAAAUAUGAAGAAUGAUCUGAAGUACCUGUGCUGUAUUUAUGUUUAUCCACGUCUUAACUUUGAUUAAAUAAAAUUUAAGAAAAUUGGAGCCCUUGUGGCUGUCACUGGCAUAUGUA